UUCCUGCAUUUUGCAGAACAGAACAGGCCAAAUGCCUGGAGGUAAACUGAGAUUACAUAGUGAAAAAUAGCAAAGGAAUUCGGUUUGCUUUGCUUCUCAAAGCCAUAAAGGUUUUUCUUUUUUCGUUCAAUAUUAAUGAAAUUCUUGUUUCUAUAUUACCUUUGGGUGGUAAUAUUUGGCCAGUGAUCUGUUAGUGCGUGAGGCUCUGUUUGUUACAAGUGUGAAAAUAAGCGCUCAUGUUGGGGACAAAGAGGAAUGAGUUUUGUAGUUAUUGGAGUUGAUGUUCCGUACUGUUUAGGCCACUUCUUCGAAACCAGAAAAUAGGUUGCCACAGAUUUAGUAAAGGACUAGGCAAAGCAGGAAAUAGUAAAGAACUAAAAAAGAAUAACCAACUCAAACGAAUCAAGGGUGGCAGAGAGACAAAAGAGGUUAAGAGAGAAAAAGAACCAAGAGUCCUGCUUUGUAGGAAGCCACCGGGGAACGACAGGAUCCCCUCUCUAGAAUGGCAAUUUUACCAUGCAACACCCUUUCUCUCUCUCUUCCUCUUGAGAACCCUUCUAUCUUCUUCAUUCAGGGUUCUUCAGUUGUUUGAGACAAGCAAAUAAGGGAGGGGUGGAGAGUUUCUUGGCUGGAAGUUCGCAAAGCUAACACAAAAUGGCAUCAUCCCCUGAGAAUUCUCCAUCACAAGAUUCCCCACCUGCUCCACCACCAUCAAAUUCAUCACGAAAUAACUCAUCACCACCACCACCACCAUCAUCAUCCACAAGAUCACCACCGCCACCAUCACCACCACCGAAUAGUAAUAAUAGUUCUCCUCUUCCAACUUCUAACAGUAACCGCAACCCCUCACCCCCAACUCCUCCCAGAAGUAGUGGUACCAAGGCAAACAGUUCUUCUGCUAAUAAUACAUCUUCUUCAGUUUCAUCAUCCUCGGAUUCAUCAAGUAAUGAGACGGAUAUAAAGAUUAUUACAGGAGUAGCUGUGGGGGCAGGAUUAUUGCUUCUUCUCAUUUUACUCUGUGUAGCAAGAUGCACUCAGCAAAAGAAGAAGAAGAGAAGGCGUCAGCAAAUGCAGUACUACCCAUCUCAUGAAGCUAAAGGUGGUGGUGAUCAAUAUUAUAACAAAACACAGAAUCCUCCCUGGCUCAAUAGUCCCCAAGGGGCAGAGCAUGUUGUCAAAGUACCUCCUCCACCACCAGGUGGUGGCGGCGGCUGGGGUUCACCAUCCCCAAUGCAAGCACCAGUUUAUAGUGGUGAAGCAAGCUCCAACUUCUCAGGCCCAUACCGUCCCCCUCCUUUGCCACCCCCCUCACCAAGUAUUGCUCUUGGAUUCAAUAAGAGCACUUUCAGUUAUGAGGAGCUGGCAGCUGCUACCGGUGGAUUUUCUCGGGCUAAUCUGCUUGGUCAAGGUGGGUUCGGAUAUGUGCACAAGGGUGUGUUACCGAAUGGAAAGGAGGUUGCAGUCAAGAGUUUAAAAAGUGGCAGUGGACAAGGAGAAAGAGAAUUCCAGGCUGAAGUUGAAAUAAUUAGCCGUGUACAUCAUCGCCAUCUUGUGUCACUAGUUGGAUAUUGCAUUGCUGGCGGGCAGCGGAUGUUGGUGUAUGAAUUUGUUCCAAAUAAUACCCUGGAACAUCAUCUCCAUGGAAAGGAUCUUCCAGUCAUGGAUUUUUCCACCAGACUUCGUAUUGCAUUAGGUUCUGCUAAAGGUCUUGCUUAUCUUCAUGAAGAUUGCCAUCCUCGCAUUAUUCAUCGUGAUAUCAAAGCAGCUAAUAUUCUUCUUGACGACAACUUCGAAGCCAUGGUGGCAGAUUUUGGAUUGGCUAAGCUGUCUUCUGAUAACUACACUCAUGUCUCAACUCGUGUGAUGGGAACAUUCGGGUAUUUGGCUCCGGAGUAUGCCUCAAGCGGCAAGUUAACAGAGAAAUCAGAUGUUUUCUCAUUUGGGGUCAUGCUCUUGGAACUCAUUACUGGAAAGCGACCUGUUGAUCCUACUAAUGCAAUGGAAGACAGCUUAGUCGAUUGGGCUCGACCACUUUUGGCUCGGGCACUGGAAGAUGGCAACCAUGAUGAGCUGGCUGAUCCACGCUUGGAGCUUAACUACAACCACCACGAAAUGCAACGCAUGGUAGCCUGUGCUGCUGCCAGCAUCCGACAUUCUGCCAAAAAGCGCCCGAAAAUGAGCCAGAUAGUACGUGCCCUGGAAGGAGAUUCUUCCCUGGAUGACUUGAACGAGGGGAUAAAGCCAGGCCAUAGCGCCGUCUACAGCUCUGGUGUAAGCUCCGAAUACAGUGCCAGUUCAUACAACGCUGACAUGAAGAAGUUCAGACAAUUAGCACUGUCAAGCCAGGAAUUCGGGGGCAGCGAAGACGGAACUUCCAGCAGUGAUCACUCGAGAGAGAUGCAAAGGCACAAUAUUUAACCAACUGGACCAAAAAGCUUGACAAAAAAAAAAAAAGAACACAGUGAUUAUUUACAUAAAAAAAUUUGGGAUUUCCAGGUCCUUCUGUUAAUUGGGAUCUUUGUUAAUUCAAAAGUGUUUUUCUCUUUA